AGAAUAUAAUAUUAUACUUUUUGAUUUAAUGAUUUCUUGUGUCAAUUGGUACAAAUGUUUGUUUUCAUAUUAUGUCUCCAGUGUAUUGAAAUUAUUACAAUUUUUCUUAAUAACAUUUUUACACUGUGACGUGAUAUCCCUAUUAGUUAUAACUAGUAUUAUCUCCGGUGCUACUCACGAACAAUAUUUAUAAAAGCUAAAUAUAAUAUAUAUUUGCAAUGAAAAGUGUUGUAUUAAAUUAAAAAUAAAAGUUUUCUGAUUAUAUCUUACAAAACUCCAAGACAAAUGUAAAAUCUCUUUUCCAAAACUAUAUUAAUUGACUAUAUAUAAGAGUUUUAAAACAUUUAUCAAAAUUUUAGUGAUAAAACUUCUCAACUAAGUUUUCAAGAAGUUUUCAAACUAAGUUUUCAAGAAGUUUUCAACAUUAUAAACCCUUAGCUUACAAACCGUUAACGUAUUUCGCCCUCCAUCUAAAAUACUAUGACGGAGGAUUACAGACGUUAAUGAAAUUAAAGUUUUGAAUUUCUUUCAUCGAAUAUUUAGUUGAGAGGUUGUUCUAUCACCAUCUUUAGUUGAGGGAUUUAAUACUAUAACAAAUUAUGAUAGAUUGUAACAAAUUAAAUGAAAAUAUUAUAGUCAAAUAAAUAUGAAUUGCAUACCUUAUAUUGAUGGAAUAAAAAGAUAUUGAAAUGUAUCAGAAUGGUAAAAUUGAUAUUCAAAUAUAAAACUAGCAAAUUUGAAUUGACCUUGCUUCUUGAUAACUCAAAAUACUAAUUGCUGGUAUCUGACAUUUAGCUAUAAAUACACAAAGUUUCUUCAUAAAAACACCAACCAAUAUUUUACUGUUCCAGUUAUCUCUAGAGAAAUGAUGAAAAAAAGUAAAGGUCGUCAAAAAACAAAAAUGGUCAAAAUGGAUAAAGAAAAUAACCUUCAAGUUACGUUUUCUAAAAGAAAAAAUGGUCUUUUCAAAAAGGCUUGUGAGCUUUGCACACUUUGUGAUGCUGAGAUCGCUGUUUUUGUGUUUUCACCUAGUGGAAAAGUUUAUUCUUUUGGUCAUCUAGAUGUAGAAACUAUAAUAAAUCGUUUCGAAGGCAUUGAAAAUCCACCUCUGAACCCACAACCCAACAUGCAACUUGAUGAAAUCCAUCGAAACUCUCCGAUUCAAGAUCUGAACAAUGAUCUUACUGAGCUGAUGAACCAACUAGAAUUAGAGCAAAAAAAGACUGAAGACUUGAAGAACAAAAGAAAAAAUUCCAAAGUCCCUGAGAUUUGGUUGAAAGAUUCCAUUGGAGGACUUGACUUAGGUCAAGCCAAAGAAUUCAAAGGUAAACUUGAAAAUCUGAAGAAACAAGUGAGACAUGAAGCUUUCAAAAUGUUGGAAGGAAGAUAUCCUCAUCCAAGUUUCUAUGUGGGAAGCUCUAGUAAUGCUCUUUUUGGGGUUGAUGGUGGUAUUAAUAUCAAUCCAAAUAUGAACCUGUUUGAUCAAAGAAGAAUGGUGAACAUGAAUAAUUUCUACAACCAUAACAUGGCUCUCCCCAAUCAUCCAUUACCAUUUGGAAACUACGGUCAUGCUGAGGGAUUUGUUCCGGGAUACAAUUACAUACCAGAGCCUAAUCCAACUGGAAACCAAAACCCGAGUUCCAAAGAAGAAAAUGAAGCUGGAAAUGAACAUCAUCAUGAUGGCCAUUCUCCUGACCCUAGAUCUGAUUAAUAUUAAUGAUUUCUGAUGUGGUGCAGUUGAAGACAAAAAUCAUGUUUUUAGGUUGUACUCAUCUCUUCUAAGUAUGUUGUGUGUUUAUCUUCUUUUGCAGUAUUCCUCAUUUCUCCUUGUUAUGUUGUGUUUUUCUUUUGCUUAUUCAGAAUUAUGCUAUUGUUAUAUUUUCCUUAUUUUUCUCUGAAGUGUUCCUUUUAAAAGAAAAAAAGAUUGUAACAUUCUCUAUUUUAUAAAUGGAUUUCAUUAUUCGAUUAUCGUCGGUUAUUGUAAAGAUAGAGCCAUGGGCGGUGUCAGUUUGAUGAAUCAUGGCUCGAGAUGAUUGGAUUAGUGGAGAAGGUUGAGUUCUAACUUCCGAUCAAAAUCGUUGUCGCAGGUCUUAAUGGUUCUAGACGUUGUUUAAUUAUCUCCUACUCAUGUGAAACUUACCGAUAAGAAGAGUUCUUGCUGAGAAAUGUUCUGGAGUAUUAUACGUAUAUGAAAGAAUAUUACGUAUAUAGUUUACUAAAAUAAUAAAAUUCUUUCGAGGAUCAAAUAUUAUGUUACAUAUUUUUCAAAAAUGAAUUAUAACAAAUUGAAAUCCAAUCUCUCCUUUCUCUCUAAAACCAAGUUACAUUGGUGGGCCCUCACAGCCAUACCGAUCGGAUUUGUUCUACUUGCUUCUGUAGCUUUUUGGUGUUUCAGCUAAGUUUUUUUUUCUUAUUUCGGAUAUAUAUCUAGAUCAAAAUAUUUGAAGUUUCUUUUUUGAUUUCCGGGCUUGGGUGCAUGUCCUUCCGUUUUUUUCUGAUCCUCGUUGUUAUUGUGUUUCGCUGGUCUUCUAUGGUGGCGACGCUGUUGGAAAUGUUGCAACGGUUACGUUAUCUUGGUGGCCGACUCUAGAUUUUUUUUUUUCUUUGUAGAAAAUUUUCGUCUUGUUUGAAGGAUCUGGAGCUUCGCUUAUUUAUCAUCAAAUUGUCAGAAGUUAUCAGGUUAACCAAUUACUUCACAGCGUCUUCCUUGAUUGAGUCAAUGCGGUCGUGCUCGUGGCUCCUUCGGUAAAGUUCAGGGUCUGCCUUGAGAAUUUGGAGGUCCUAGACCAUUUAGUAAAGAUUUAAAAAAUUUGGAGGCCUAAUUUUUUUUUUUUAAAUUUGGAAGCUUAUUUAUUUUUCAAAAAAUUUAGAGACCUAAGCCGAAUGUCUUAUCAGGCUUUGCCCAGGACCGCCCUGGUAAAGUUAGGCUGUAGAGUUUUUUUCCUUUAGAUUCUUAGCAUGUAAUUCUUGUUAAUGGUUUCGGGACAUACAACUCGUCUGCUUUGGAUUACUAAUGUGUAAUGUUUGGAUUAAUAUCAAUCUAAUGUGUAAUGUUUUUUUUCCUUUAGAUUCUUAGCAUGUAAUUCUUGUUAAUGGUUUCGGGACAUACAACUCGCCUGCUUUGGAUUACUAAUGUGUAAUGUUUGGAUUAAUAUCAAUUUAAUCUUCCGGUGAGAAGAAAACCCAUACAUUCGCAUAAAAUACUUUCAACCUAAUAAAUAUAGUGUAAUUAUAUUGAAAACCUAAACCCAAUGCACACCAUCUCAAUAGCAAAUUCACGACCUCAAUCCAACCACACUCAUACGGUCCUCCACACAUCCCAUAAACUCACAAAUCUCUCAAGAGGAAAUCCAUGAAGACCAGAAAUAACACAAACAAACACAGAGACAUGUCCAAGAGAAAGACAAAGAGCAAGGCGAUAUCUUUUAUGUCUUAUGCAAGCAAAAUACACUUUAAAGCACAAAAGUAAAAGAUGCUUCUUUCUGGUUUGUUAAUAUCAAACCCUAGGGACCGUUGAGGAGAAUCAGGCUGGCUAACAGAAGAUGACUUUGAUGUUUCUAUCAUGGGAGCUGCUUGUUUUAAGAAACUACUCUUGUUAUCAUCAUUCACAUUCUCCACUUUCACUUCGUGUAUAACAGUAUAAUUGUACCUUCAACACCACAUCAAGUUAGCAUGGACAAACUUACUGCCAUGGGUCAUCGCUAACGACCAUCAUAUCGUUCUCACUAUCGGUGUACAAGAUCCUCCAUCCAUUUAGGGUUCCCUGAGAAUCCCUUCCAUAUUGAACAGGCAUUCAAUCUGGGAAAGAAGAUCAUUUUAUAGUUGGAAUAGGUCAAUAGCUCUGCCCACCAGGCUUCCUUGCUUGUGAACCUUUUGAACACAAGAAAUCAUAAGAGGAGACGUCAAGAGAUGCAGCUCCAAGAAACGAAAUAUUUGAUAAAGAAGUGUUUGCUGACAAGAACUGGAAUAUAAUUUAUUUUCAAAAUAGCAAAAAUGUAAUAUCAUAUAAUACAUAGCAUAUAUACUUAUAAAAAAUUAUUGGAGAAUAUAAUAGUGUACGUACUAUAUGAUAAAGAAGUGUACAUUGAAUGCUUCAAGAACUUAAAAUUGUUUAGAAAAGACAAUAUCAUAACUCAAGCAUAAAAGUGCUGAUCAGACUGAUCAAGCAGUGAAAACCAAAAAUCUUCACUGCUUGAUCAGUCUGAUCAGCACUGUUAUGCUUGAUUUAUGAUAUUGUCUUUUCUAAACAAUUUUAAGUUCUUAAAGCUAUCGUCAUGCUAAGGGAUUUAAUCCAUGCUACAGUUACAUUCCAGAGCCUAAUCAAAAAUGAAAACCAAAAUCUAAGUUCCAAAGAAGAAAAUGAAUAUGGAAAUGAACAUCACAAUGAUGGCCAUUGUAAAAACCGUUUAAAAAAAAGAAUGGUCGAGUAUCUUUGUGGUGGUCGAGUCGCGGGCGAUAAGGAUCGAUCGAGAAGUUUUGAAGUACGAGGUGGGCGAAGAAGUGAUCGUGGGUGAACUAUGAGUCGAAUAAGUUGCUCGACCAUAGUUAGAAGAUGUUUUAGAUUGAUAAGACGGAUGUUUUGGAAGCAUAACAUUUUUGGAAGCACGACGGUUUAGACGCUCGACGUUUUAGAAGAACGACGUUUUUUCAGCACGAAGUUUUCCGUGAAACUUCGUAUCAGCGGAAUAUUAAUUCGAAUACAUUGGAAGCAGGACGGGAAUUAAGCAGGACGGGAAGCAAGCACGACGGGAUCGAUGCACGACGGAAAAACCCGAAAUUGGACGAAACCCAAAUUUCGGUAUUGUGGAAGUUUUUUUAAUGAAGCCGAAGGAUCGGAAAAUAUAUACCGCCAAGUUCAGAAUUCAUUUGGAGUUUAUUAAAAAUAUCCAGACCAUCAGAGCAGGAGCGGAAACAUAUUUGGGAUGGAUCGCGGACAAAAAUUUGUCGGAAGGGUCGAAAUCAAACGAAUGGACCGAGAAGCACAA